UUCUACCGCCCACUCCGUAGCUUCUUCUAAUGCACCCGCAACCCUGAUCUCCAUCCCAUCUCGACACAUUCGACCCGCUCCAUCACCCCGGAAGCCGACCGAAUGCCUUACACUCCCCCCUCCCAGCGGUCGCCGGCAUCCUCCAAGACCAGCAGCCCUAUCAUCAGCCGCACCCAUUCCUACACCAACUUCGCGGCAGCCCCUGCUCCAACACAGCGACCUGCCCUGCCUCGUUCCGUCUCUUCCACAUCGUAUCUCCACAAGCAACGCCGCUCGCCUUCGUUCCCGUCGUCUCCCAGCAGCACCGAUGCAAAUGGACUUGCUGCCAACGGCGGCGUAGACAUUGCGUCUGACGCAGACCGUGCCCGCGGGCUGUCAAGAAAUGGCGCGAUCACCACUCCUCCCGAUUCCUCGGAUGAUGAUGAGCGGGGUCGCAGCAUAGGCAACCUGAGGGAGCUCGAGCAGGCCUUGCAGCACAUCAACGUAAAGCGGGAAUCCUCACCAAGCCAUAGCUCCCCACGCCAGGUUGCUGUCACGGUAACACCAACCAAUACCCCCCAGCCAAUGACUGCGGCCCGGUCACUAUCCGUAGAGGCUCGCAAGAUUGCACACUCUCGCUCAUCAAGCGACAUCAUGCUCUCCAAGCACGUCCUCGAGCCCUUGAUGACAGACACAAUCAUCAGCUCAGACGACAGCGAUGCCGAGGACGACGACCUCAGGAUGAAACCGCCUCUUCUCCGCAAGAAGUCGGGUGAGUUGGUCAGGCCAGCUCUCAGGCCUCCUUCGCGCCGCAGGCCUUCAAGCAUGCCGGGCACUCCAACCUACUCCAAGGCGGUGCACUUCAACGAGAACAUGGAGCAGGUACGACACUUCUUGCAUGCUGAUCGCCCAAUCGCCGUUAGCGUGGGCUCCUCGCCUGUUCAAACAUACGAUAGCGAGACCGAGUAUCCUUUUGAGGAAGAGGACUCUCGCGACAAGACCCCCGAAUGGGAGAUCAAGUUAGCCAACUUCCCGACAUCGGAUUCAUAUGAGCGACAGACCUCACCUGUUCGAGUGGAACGCAUUUUUCUUGCUUCUGACAACCAGACGUUGGUUGGCAACAUCGCGUGUGCCAACAUUUCCUUCCAAAAAUUGGUUGUGGCUCGCUUCACACUUGACUACUGGAAGACUACCUCUGAAGUAGUUGCUGAGUUCAAUCACGACGUUCGCAAGAAGCACAAGGAUGAUGGCCACGACCGGUUCAACUUCAACAUCAAGUUAGCUGAUCAGGCCAACCUCGAGUCCAAGACACUUCUGCUGUGCGUACGCUACCAAGUGAACGGCCAGGAGUUCUGGGACAGCAACAACAACAUGAACUACCAGGUUGACUUCACCAAGAAGACGAAGCAGCAUCAGCCGCGCCAGAGCAAGCGUUCCAAUGUCGCUCUUGGUGCCAUCCCUCGCAGUCGUCACUCGCCAGUUUCACCGCGCCCUCGCUUCGUGACUGCUGACGACGACUUUGGCCAUGACUCGGAGAACAAGUUCGAGUUCGGUAGCCGUGAACCUGCGAUCCGUCUCAAGCCUAAGAGUAAGCGAGGUGUGGUAUCGAUGCAAGCCCCCAAGACCCAGGCUGGCCUGGCUUUCUCUGCUCGCUACGACUUCGGCGCUUCCCUUUCGGCUGCCUUGUCAACAGCUCAGACUGCUCUGGGCGAUCGGAGUGGCAUCAAGAACAACGGCGGAAACAUGGCGCCCAAGGGCUACUUUGAUCGUCCGGCAGCAGUGCUCAAGGCACACACUACCGGCGCUCCUAUUCCUGGCACCAGGCCCAAUACCUUCUCAGCCGAGAAGCCUGACCUACAGUCCGCAGAAUACAACGAGUUGAUCCAGAAGUUUUGCUUUGUACGUUCCCAACCUCAACACUCCAGCAAGCAGGCCUAGACGGACACUAAUACGUCUUCAGUUCGGUACACCUACUGGAAAGUGUUCUCCGAUUACUGCCGCUCCGGCAACUAAAUCAACGCACAGCGACGGCGCU